AUGAUGGUGCCCACCACCGACAUGGCCGCCGAGCUGUCCCCGAAGGACGUCCCGGACCUGGAGGACGUGCCCAGUGUCUACCGCUCGUGCGGGCGCGCCUGCGGGCUGGCCCUCAAGCACGGGGACGUCAUCGGCGACGAGUUCGCCGAGUUCUUUGUCCACCAGGUCGUUCGAGACAAGCGCGUCACCCUCAGGGAGCUUCAGAGGCAGCUCGCCGAGAGCUCGGGGCCCGACUUCCGCGCCAACUCGGGGCUGCUGAAGCAGACCCUCUCACAGAGCGGCCUGGAGGGUCUCACGCUCUCCCGGGAGCUGUCCGGCACACAUCCGCCGCGCACGGUGGAGCUGGUGCCCGGGGGGAGCACGACGCCGGUCACUGAGGAUCGGGGGUAG